CAGCCGAAACGACACGCCGAGGGGGAGCAGGAGGAGGUGGGGGAGGUGGUAGGGUGGUGGUCGGAAAGAUGUCCGCUUCGGUGGGGCCCCAAAGCGGCCCUCGCCCACCCACCGCGCCGCCGUCCAUGCCGGAUCUGCCGGACCUCAGCCACCUUACCGAGGAGGAGCGGAAGAUCAUCAUGGCCGUGAUGGCUCGGCAGAAGGAGGAAGAGGAGAAAGAAAAGGCCAUGCUAAAGACGCUGCACAAGCAGUUUGAGAGCUACAAACAGGAAGUGCAUCGCAUCGGGGUCGAGACGCGGCGCCAGCAGACCCAGCAGAAGGACGACGCCCCCACCUGCGGGAUCUGUCACAAGACCAAGUUUGCCGACGGCUGCGGCCACCUCUGCUCCUACUGCCAGACCAAGUUCUGCGCCCGCUGUGGGGGGCGGGUCUCUCUGCGCUCCAACAAUUGUCUCAUAGUGAAGGACAGGGUAAUGUGGGUUUGCAACCACUGCCGUAAGCAGCAAGAGAUUCUCACCAAGUCAGGAGAAUGGUUUUCUGGGUCAGGGGCGCGGCCCGGGAGCCUCGGCACCUCCUUGAACGAUACGCCCUCCAGAGGUGAGGCUCAACCAGAGAGGAAGCCACUCCGCUCCAAAUCCCAAGCCCCGCCCCCCAGCACCAACACGGCGCCGCCAGCCGGAGUCACCGCUGCCAAGGGCGGCCACGCCAUGCCGGGCUCUCGCUCCCAAAGCGAGCCACCCAGAGAAAAGAAAAGGCCCGUUUCUCUCCAUGAGCAGAACGGUAGAGGGGGAACGGGACGCGGCAGCGGUCGCAGACCUGCUGGGAAGCUUCAGUCCCAGUCGUCACUGGACGAGCGCUCAGUUCCUGGAGACAAAGGAGAAAGACGGUUUGGGAGUGGACGCCGGCUGGAGAAGAUCAAUUCUCAGGACUAUGAAGAUGGAAACGAGAACCUGGGACGCUCAGGGACACACAGGAGACGCCCAGAGGAUGAAGAGCAGAGGGAGAGACAGCGCUGUGAGGAGGAAUUCCAGAAUCGUUACCGGAGCGACCCCAACCUGGCAAGAUAUCCCGUAAAACCGCAGAAGGAGGAGCAGGAGAUGCGGAUGCAUGCCAAGGUAUCCAAGGUACGGCACGAACGGAGACACAGCGAUCUCGCCAUCAAUGAGGUGGGGCUCGGUCAGAAUGAGGGAAGCGGUGGAGGUCAGGUGCCUGAAAACCACCUGGCUAAGAGGAGCUAUGGGGAGGUGGACCGCAAAGCCCACCCUGAGAACCGCCGAGCCUUUCCUGGAGACAGGACCGUGGGAAUGGGAGGUGGGCCUCCACUUGCUGGAGAAGGAGGUCGAUCAGGGCCCCAACCUGGAGGUCCUGGGCCUCCUGAUCAGAACCAGAACAGCAGCCACCUGGAGCAUGGUUCCGCUCGGGACAAAUGUGGAGAUAAUCUUCUGAGGAAGAACUCCCAGAGCUCCGAUCCGUCAGAGUCUUUACGGCCGCCCCCGCCGCGGUCCUACAAGAGCAAGCGAGGAAUCAACAAGAGGCAGAUGUCCAUCAGCAGCUCAGAGGAGGAGGGCGGCUCCACGCCCGAGUACACCAGCUGUGAGGACGUGGACAUGGAAAGCGUCAGCGAGAAAGGAGACUUGGACUGCCACCCUUUAGAUCCUGCUGUUUGGCAUCAUCCGGUUACGUGGCAGCCGUCCAAAGAGGGCGACCACCUGAUAGGGCGCAUCACGUUGAGCAAGAGGUCAGCCGUGCCCCGUGAGGCUGGUUCCCUCCUGGGUCUAAAAGUGGUGGGAGGAAAGAUGACACACACGGGACGGCUCGGGGCCUUCAUCACCAAAGUCAAAAAGGGCAGCCUUGCAGAUGUUGUUGGACACCUACGUGCAGGUGACCAGGUGUUGCAGUGGAACGGGAAGUCAUUGCCAGGAGCAACCAAGAAGGAAGUGUACAACAUCAUUCUCGAAUCCAAGGCGGAGCCGCAAGUUGAGAUUGUAGUUUCACGUCCAAUAGGCGACAUUCCAAGAAUUCCAGGAUCCCCCCACCCUCCACUUGAAUCCACGGGUUCCAGUUCCUUCGAGUCACAGAAGAUGGACCGUCCCUCCAUAUCCGUAAUGUCCCCAACCAGCCCCGGCACCCUGCGGGACCUCCCUCUGGAGGUGCCGGGACAGCUCUCUGUGAAGCUGUGGUACGAUAAAGUCGGCCAUCAGCUGAUCGUCAACGUCCUUCAAGCCAUAGAUUUGCCCCCCCGACCGGACGGCCGACCCCGAAAUCCAUACGUCAAAAUGUACUUCCUUCCUGAUCGGAGCGAUAAGAGCAAACGACGGACCAAAACGGUGAAGAAGAGCGCUGAGCCCAAGUGGAACCAGACCUUCUUGUAUCCCCACGUUCACCGGCGGGACUUCAGGGAGCGCAUGCUGGAGAUCACAGUCUGGGAUCAGCCUCGAGUUCAGGAGGAGGAGAGUGAAUUCCUGGGGGAGAUCCUGAUCGAGCUGGAGACUGCCUUGUUAGACGACAUUCCACACUGGUAUAAACUCCAGACCCACGACGUGUCCUCCAUACCUCUGCCUCAGCCGUCUCCGUACCUUCCACGUCGGCACGCCCACGGGGACAGCCCCAGCAAGAAGCUCCAGAGGUCUCAUCGCAUCAUUGACACAGACUUUGAUGAUGGUUUGAUAGGUGGGACUGAAGGCGAAGAGCGUCACUCCCGGGACAGAGAUCGGGGUAGUUCGUUAGCUGUCCCGGAGCAGCAGCGUCCCAUCCAACACCGGUCCCGUUCGGUGUCUCCUCACAGAGAGGACUCCUGCAGGUCUCGAUCUCGACCCGCUCAUGUGCCCAUGCAAAGGAGUUUGGAUGAGAUCCACCACAACCGCCACGAUUCCCGCUCUCCCUCACAGUACCACGAGCCAUCCCUGGAGCGCCAGCGUUCCGGCGACUCGGACUACGAGUACUCCGAGGACAGUGAGGUCCUGGAGGUGCACAGGUCCAUUCGGGGCGGCAGUGCUGAGUGCCUACACACCAACAGGAGCAUAGGUAGAUACAGCAACACGCUCCCUCCCAAAAUGCCCCUUUUAGUAAACGGUAUCCAUAAAGACCUUUACAGCUCCACCCUUCCUGCAUGCCUAAAGAGCAAGCCGCCACCCCACAGGCAUGAGGGGGGUGGCACCUUGCCCCGUAGCAUCCUUACGCACCGUGUGCUCAGGUUCACAGACGAGGUCACAGUUAGCGACCUGCAGCCGGCGCUGGACAGAGUGAGGAGUGCCAGCACCACCUGUCUGAGACCAGACAUCAGCUUUCACUCCUCCGACAGGUGCUCCAACUCUUUGUCCCGCCCCAGGAUCUUAGUAGAACAUGUCCCCCUUGAGGAAGACAGUCGAAUCCAGCCCACCUCUAUCCUGAGGGGCAGUAGAAGGGGAGGGGGGCCCCUGAGGCCCUUUGCCCAGACGGUUCGAUCCGGGUCCUGUCCUAACUCGCCACGGCCCGACAGAGCUUAUCCGCACGGCGGCCCCUCUCCCCCCACCGGGACUCACUCGUCAGGUCGGAGAGGUCGGCAGCUCCCGCAGCUCCCAGCUAAGAGCAGCAGCGUAGAGCAAGCUCUGGCUGCGGAGGACCGAGCCCGACAGCUGCCCUUGAAAGUACAUUCCUACCGGCCCUCAGCCUCCCACGACCCCGAGACAAACCUCAAGACCAAGCGGGAGAUGUACGCGGAGCAGAGGCGCAGCAGCGACAACAUGUCGGCCAGGUCGUCGGACAGCGACAUGAGCGAUGUGUCGGCCAUCUCCCACGCCAGCAGUGCCUCUCGCCUCAGUAGCACCAGCUACAUGUCCAUCCAGUCAGAGCGGCCCGGAGGACGGCUCAGAUCCAAGUCGUUAGAGGAGGAGAAGAAGGACAGGCGGAUCUCGUGGGGGGUGAAUGGAGAGGAGGAGAACGAGGAGGAGGAGGAGGAGGAGGAGAGGGGGUUGGCGGGGAAAAGGCCAUUCUCUGAGGAGUUGAAGCGCAGGAGACACACGGUAGCAGGAGACACAAGGGAGUCCAGCCGCCGUAUUCGAUCGAUGGGCCGCGACAUGAUGAAGAGCUCCAGCGUAAGCGGAGAGAUCUACACGCAGGAGCACACAGACGGCAGCCAAUCAGACACAGCGCUGGGGACGGUGGGUGGCGGCGGCAAGAAGAGACGCUCCAGCCUCAGCGCGCGCGUGGUGGCCAUCGUGGGCAACCGCCGCAGCCGCAGCACCUCACAGAUCAGCGGGCCUGAAGGAAAGAGCAAACGGGAGAAGGGCGCCUCGAUCCAGAGGAGCACAGAGACGGGAAUGGCUGUGGAGCUGCCCAGGAACAUGAGCCGGCAGCCGAGCAGAGAGUCCAACAACGGCAGCAUGAACAGCUGCAACUCUGAGGGAACUUUGAUUUUCCCUGGAGUGAAUCUGGGAGCCAGCAGCCAGUUUAGCAACUUUCUGGAUGGACUGGGACCAGCACAGUUAGUGGGCCGCCAAACGCUGGCUACUCCUGCAAUUGGGGACAUCCAGAUUGGAAUGAUGGAGAAAAAGAGUCAGCUGGAGGUGGAGGUCAUCAGAGCUCGAGGACUUGUACAAAAACCAGGAUCCAAGUCUCUCCCGGCUCCGUACGUCAAAGUCUACCUGCUGAAUAAUGGAGCAUAUGUAGCCAAAAAGAAAACCAAGAUUGCACGGAAAACACUCGACCCACUGUACCAGCAAGCGCUGCUGUUUGAGGAGAGUCCACAGGGUAAAGUCUUACAGGUGAUUGUCUGGGGAGACUACGGCAGAAUGGACCAUAAAAGCUUCAUGGGAGUCGCACAGAUCCUGUUGGAUGAGUUGGACUUAUCAAGCACGGUUAUUGGUUGGUACAAGUUGUUCCCACCAUCCUCUCUGGUGGAUCCGACACUCGCCUCCCUGACACGGAGAGCAUCUCAGUCAUCUCUGGACAGCUCGCCUGGACCCCCUGGAGUUCGGUCCUAGUGGACCAACAGCCCUGCGCCGUCAGUCGAGUGGUAACAAAAAAAUUAAACAAACUCUAGAAAUGAGAGAGAAGCAGAAGAAAAGGAGAAAGAUGGAGGUGUAGAACAACAACAAUCAGAAACAGUCCCAACAAGAAAGCUUUGUUGAAAUCUGACAAUCACUCCUGUCGCAGUUAUUUUUGUCUGUCGUAGGAAGCGGUCACAUUUCAGUGUUUCAUUUCCUUUCAAAGAGGAAUCUCAUAGGUUGUUUUUUUUUUCAAGCUGGAAGAUGAAAACUAUGAGUGUCAGCGAAUCAAAAUGAAACAGGGUGAUCUUUAACUGAAUCAACAUAGCAAAGAAAUGUCUGUAAGCAUCGGAAUGUAUGUCCUCGGGACAGAGGUAAUGCCCUGCCCUGCCUGCAGGUGGCGCAGUCUUUUCUGCAGCGGCCUCCUCUGGAAGCCCAGCAGACUGCCCCCCUACAACCCCCCCACCCCUCUUAUGUGGGAAUUCAGUCUGGAAGCACAGGGCCUUCUUCUGGUGCCUAGAUCACUGGUCCCUCUUUUCAAAAUGUUUACCACGGCCACUCUGGGGCCGCCGUCUUCUAGGAGUCGAUUCUUUGUCGUCCAUUUCUUUUCCUUUGUUACUUCAGGCACAAAAUGUUUUUACAGUGCGUAAACUGCUCAUGAUGGUGUUGUCAGUCUGAUGUGUGCAUGGAGAGAAAAAAUAAAAGGUUUAAAAAGAAUAAAAAAUUUUGUAAAUGUC